AUGCAGUCCGAUGACCUGGACAGGGUGAAGCAUGUCUUCCGGCAGUUCGACCUGAACGGUGACGGCGUCAUCGACCAGGCUGAGCUAACGCAAGCACUGCACACACUGGAUCCCGAAUCCUGGACAGAUGCCUCAGUCGCAUCCCUGCUCUCCACCAUCGACAAGGCCGGCACUGGACGCAUCCAGUACGACGACUUCGUGGAUUGGCUGGGUGGAGAUGAAGGCAGCGAGCCUUUCAACACCACCGUCGUGGAGAAUUUCCGCUCAGCGUACCGGCGCAUGUCCAUAAGUUCGGAGGAGGACGAGGACCGCCAAGCUGGCGACGCCUCGCAGAGCUUAGGCCAGCCAGAGAAGGCAGAAGUCGAGGCGGAGAAGCCCAAGAAGAAGCCAUCAAAGCGUGGCAAAGCGGGUGACGGCGCCGGGGUCAAGUGCGACAAAACGCUCGAGUUUGGCAAGCCAAUUCGCAAC